CCUGACUUCAGAGGGACAUCAGAGGAAACGGGACGCUUUAAAAACCCACGCACCUGAAGGCAGCAGCCAAUCGCAGCAAAGCCAGGACACAAGGCAGACGCACCUGAACGUCUCACCUGGACCAGAUCAAUAAUCGGAAACAUCAUCUUCAUCAGAAAAAACACUGACGUUCCAGAUGGAAAAGCUGCGUUAACAGACGGAAAAGGAGAAACUUCCACCACAUCUGGACUCCAAUCUGCCUGAAGAACGAGCUUUUCUUUCAAUUUGAGGAGUUUGUGUGAUGAACUUGAGGGAUUUGAGUGAAUGAUUUGAAAACCAGACUAAUAAUUGGGCUGAAAGUCAGAAAAAAAACAGGUAGAAAAUAACCUGUGGAUCAGAAAGAGUCCAAACAGACGACGGAUUUUUAUUUUCACUGAUUUAUUUCAUCGUUUCAAAAGGAAAUCGACACUAAAUCCUGAUUUUUUCACCUUUGUUCCAGUUUGAGUUUUUUUUUUUUUUGUUUUGAAGGAUUGGAGUGAAUUGUUUGGGUUUUGGACAGUGUGUGUGUGUGUGUGUGUUGGUGAAUCUGCGUCUGAUUGGUGGAUCAAACAUGUGGGCGUGGCGUGGUCUGCUGUGUGUGUCGCUGGUCUGCGGUUUGGCCUUGGACUCCAACACCAUCCGAUCGUCCAAAGAGGCGUCCAGCACCGAGAACACGGAUCGUUCCCAUGACGACCGCCGCCAGACGGAGACGACGUUCAACUCCCGACGGCGUCCGUGUUUGACGGCGGACUGCGCCACGCCCACGAAGAACGGCUGCAGUAACAGAGCACAGAGGAGGACGACCCCGCUGGACGGACAGGUGGACGGACAGGUGGACGGACAGGUGGACACAGACAGGCUGAGUGACGUCCAUUUGAACAGGACCAGAGCUGCAGAGAUGGCGUCCUGCGUGCGUUCCUCGGACUGUUCCUCCGGUCUCUGCUGUGUUCGGUAUCUUACCGGUAAACGCUGUCAGCGGAUCCCUCUGGAAGGUGACGUCUGCCUCCUCAGAGGUUCUACCAAACGCCGGCGGAACCUGGGCCGCUGCGACUGCGCCGCCGGGCUGAGCUGUGGCGCCGGCGGGCAGGGGGCGGAGUCGGGCCAGGUCAAAGGUCAGGGGGUGUGUCUUCCCCGGCAGAGACAGAGGAAAACAAGGCAUUCUGGGAAGAAGAGGAGGACGGCAGAGAGAAGCUGCUGAAGCUGAGUUCAGUUUCAGUUUCAGACUGCAUCUGUUUCCACCUGGUUUUAAAAUGUGUUUGUACUCCAGUUCAUUUAGUGUCGAACGCUUUGUGAACUUUUAUUACCUCCACCAGGAGGGGGUGGGACCACUGCUUUGUGUGUGUGUGUGUGUGUAUGUGUGUGUGUGUGUGUGUGUGUGUAUGUGUGUGUAUAUGUGUGUGUGUGUCAUUCUUGUGUAUUUUUGAACACACCAGUAUAACUCUAUCAGACCCAUCUUCUGUCAGAUAUUCGUUCUUUUUUUCCAUUUGGACAAACGUUGACAUUAAAUCUCUUUUUAAACCCUGUUAACUCUGUCCCAUUAUGUGUAAAAUAUGUCACUAAUUAUUUUAUUUUAUAUAUUUUAUUUAAUUAUUUAAAACUCCAUUUUAUUUAAAUAUUAUCCACAUGAGGAUGGUUUGA